CUCCACAUCCCGGACCCCUCCUCCUCCUCCUUCUCCUCCUCCUCCUCGUUUGACCUAUCCCACUAUCUAGGGCAUUUUCAGUCGCAGCCGGAGCUGCCUCAUAUACCCGACCAAUACCCUCGGACCACGCUGAUACCACUGCGGCUUACGCCAUCCUCGUCUCAGAAUUUCCGGCACUCCGCCUCGAAUGUCACUCAGCACGUCAAACGAUACUACCGACGCUCAACAAGAGAAAAUGUCGCUUAAUACGCUCCCUUACGAUCUUCUGCUCAACGUUGCUCAGCAUCUCGAUCUUCGGGAUAUCCAUGCCCUGCAGUUGACUUGCCGAUCUCUCCAUGACUUCGCCAGUACCAGGCCGGUGUUUCGCAACCUUGCCGUCGCACUACUGCGUCGAUGUCGUGCCCUACCGCUUGCCGGUUUCCAGCGCUUUUCCGAUCUCACAACGGAACAGCUCGUGGCAGUCGUUACGAAGGCCACACGUCUUGAAACGGCGUGGUUGACUCGAUCACCGAGGCCAGCACGCAAUCGACCCUUCAUCCACGAUGCCAACGAAACGGAGCCCAGCGACGACGCAAAACCGGACGCACCGCCGAGUGACUGGUACAAGGUGAUUAGCGCGCCACCGAACGAGGAGGUGGACUGGUUGUCCCCAAUAACAUCCAGCUACAGUCUCUGUGCCACGAAAAGUGGAAAGGUCGUCUGCUGGGACGUACACCGGGACAAGUGCCUGGCAGAAUGGGAUCCCAGGGAGCGGUGGGAGCUGUGGAAGUGCCGGGUCGAGUUUGACAGUCGCACCGUCUUCUUCACCAUGGCCAAGGUGCUACACCGAUCCUACGAGGAUCGCCUCAUGGAAUUUGUCCUGAUGAAGCUGCAGUUUCCCGACGCUGAUGCUGGCGCCGAUACGACUCCAACGCCCACUUUCACGACGCUAGCCCGAUUCAAGACGAUCGGUGUUGUCAUGAACGUUUUCCUCCUUGAUCCGUCAUCUAGAUUGCUAUCUGCUUUUGUUUGGGUCUCGGCAUCGAACACCAUCGGACUUUACGCUCUACUGGACUGGGAUCAACAAGAAUAUGUAUUCAUAGAUACAGGCAUCGAAUGCUCGAUGUCCUCAAAUUGGUCAUGUAUCCUGUACAAAGAGCAGAUCGUGAUCCACUCAGAGGAGAGCGACUACGCUCACCAAUACUUCUACCCUAUCUCACUACUACGACAACAUAACAAACCAUCAUCACCAGAGUCGUCAUUCGUGCCCGCACUGUCGGCGCGGGUGAGUCCAGCUUUGACUAUGACGGCGCCGUUCAUCUUUCCGCCGCGGACCUUGACGAUAUCUUCCUCCUCGUCCUCCUCGUCCGAGGAAGAACAACCAGCUCGGACUGAAGCAGUCUUGGAAACGGGCCCUCGCACGCCCUCACAGAAUCCCAACCCAUUCCCAUUCCCGCCAUGGUACCCCGAGAGCGCACACUUCGUGCGCCAAUGGUGGCCGACGAUGCCUACGAUUCCCCGGCUCAGCUGCACCGUGGUCUUACUGGCCGAACACGACAUGGAGUCACACCGCACGCGGUAUGUCCUCGCGCAGCACUACUUCAAAGUGCCGCUCUUCGACAGGAGUGACGACUCCAAGGCCAACCCUCCCUUGGCUGCCGACGAAGCGGACUCGGGGUCCGGUUCGGGCUCAGGGUCUAGCUCUGCCUCUGGCUCAGGCUCAGGCUCAACUUCGAGCUCGUCCUCAGGUCACUCCACCGCAGACUCGACGACGAUCACCGUUUCGAGCAGCGCGGAUGAGCGCGCGGACUCGAUGAUGAAGAUUUGGUACGUGAGCCAGCCCUUCGAGGUUGUGUGCGUGCUCGACGGCGUGGACGACGACGCGGAGGACGGCGGUGUGCAGACGGAGCGGCCGCGUCCACUGAUGGCGGUCGACUUUGGGCACGCGGUGUGGGUUGAGUACGCGGACAUGGAGGUCAAGGAAGACGAGAGCGACCCGAAGCGCCUCCGCUUCGUGUCAUUCCCGCCUGUCAUGGGCGAGCGCGACGGGCUGUACGACGCGGAGGGCAAGCGCUGGGAGAAGCAGACGGAGCGGGACCUGGAGGGCGUCGUGCGGACGCUGGACAUCCCGGACGAUCUGGACUUGGACUCGGUCGAGACGAUUAAUAUCGAUCAGUCUCAGGGCGCAGUGAUCAUCUCGGUGAGGGAGGGCAAGAUUUUCAUUUUGUGCUAUGAGUAGAGCGGGAGGGACAGGCACGGGUGCGAUAGUGGGGUGUUGUGUAUGUAGUGAUAUAUCGCAGCGUAAAAGGUUUUGUAGCUUGGACUCCGUAAUACGUAUCAUCUAUUAGUUGCUAGCACUUUCAUGUGCCAUACAUCGUCUAAGGAUUUCAUUCAAUAUGAUCGAUCAGAGGAUAUCUCAGAC